AUGUCUACUUCUUUGUUUCUUAUAGGAGUCCUCUGCAUUUUAGAAGCAAAUAGUUUUGCCUCAGCAGGAAAAACAAGGGUGACCAGAAACCUUAAUGCCCCAGAACCCAUUGACUGCUUACUGACUACCUGGACUGAUUGGGGGCCAUGUAGUCCAUGCUCAAAAGAAAGAUACCGCUCAAGGAAUAUUGUGAAGUUUGGACAAUUCGGAGGAAAACCAUGCACUGCAGCCCUGAGUGAUAGAGCGUACUGUGAGACAGAAAGUUUGUGUCCAGAUGAGAGAGGUCAUUGUGGGAAUCAAGAGUUUGAAUGUGAAAAUGGAUUUUGUCUAAAGAAUAGGUUGGUGUGCAACAAGGAAAAUGACUGUGGUGACUUUUCUGAUGAAGAUAAUUGUGAAGAAACCAAACGCCCACCCUGUGGGGAUCGUGACAUUGAGGUAUCAGAACUUGGAAGAACAGCUGGACAAGGUGUGAAUGUGCUGGGAAUGAAACCGGCUCAAACUGCAUUUCACAAUGAGUUCUACAAUGGCAUCUGUGACAGAGUCCGUGAUGGGAACACAGCCACUUAUUACCGCAAGCCAUGGAAUACGGCUGUCCUCAAUUAUGACACAAGAGGAGACAAACACUUUACAAGUGAAUUCUAUAGUGACCAAAUAUCAACAAUGAAAGAAAUAUACAAAACAAAAUCACAGUCUUUUGAUGUGAGCUUAUCUGUUAAACUGAAACCGACUGAGUCCAAUAUAACAGUUGAUAUUGGGGGAAGCUUCCAUGCUGGCAAAUCAACCAACAUGAGUGAUUUCUUGAAAAAAGCCAAAGGAACGAAUCCCAUCUAUUUACAUGUCAAAUCUAAUAUAAAUCUGGGAACUUUCCAAAUGCGAAAACGUGAUUUGCGCUUGAGCGAGACAUUCCUGGAAGAUCUAAAGUUUUUGCCAAGUACUUAUGAGAAGGGAGAAUAUUGUAAAUUUCUUGAAACAUAUGGAACUCAUUAUGCACAGAAGGGAACCAUUGGAGGAAAAUAUGAGCUAAUGUAUGUGUUGGAUAACCAAACUCUUUCAUCACAUGGGCUCACUAAAGGUGAUGUCAAUGAAUGCCUAGGCUUUAAUUUAGGACUUACUAUCACCGCAGAUAUUGCAGAAGCCAAAUCGGAGAUUAAAGCUAAACAAUGUAAAUCUGGUGGAUUUAAAAAUACUGAUGACAUGAAAAAGAUUGAGGUUAUCCAAGAUGUAGUCUCUCUGAUUCAAGGUGGGACAACAGCUACUUUAACAAAGUUGAAUGAAUUGCUUUCAUCAAAUGUCAAGGUAGUUGAUGUAGAACAGUACGUCGAAUGGGCUGCUACACUACCUCAAGCACCUACUGUUAUAAGACAAGAGAUAGCCCCAAUUUCGGAACUCGUACCACUCAAAAUCCCAGACUCCCGAAUAAAGAAAGAAAAUCUGGACAGAGCUGUAGAGGAUUAUGUGGCUGAAUACAGCGUAUGCAAAUGCCAGCCUUGUCUACAUGGUGGGACGGCAAUGCUGAUAGAAGGACAAUGCGAAUGUGCCUGCACUCCGUUUUACAAGGGAGAAGCCUGUGAAAUACCCAAGUCAAGUUUCAUACCAGCUCAAACUGCCAUUGAUGGGAGCUGGAGCUGCUGGUCUAACUGGUCCGCCUGUCAGAGUGGAGAACGUCAGCGAACAAGAGAGUGUAAUAAUCCUGCACCUGGAUCUGGGGGCAAAUCAUGUCCAGGAGCAACCGUAGAACCAGGCUAUUGUUAA